GAACCAGAGGAGGAGAAAAGAGGGGUGGAAGAAUUUGGCUUCAAGACCUCCAGCCGCCUUCAAACUUCUGGGAUGAGGUGGUGGCUGUUGGUGGCCAGUCUGUGGCUGCUGCUGGUCCUGACCGUCUCAGAUGCCCAGACCAGGAGACCUCGCAACCAGGAUGGAGAGGCUCGCCGAGGGACGAGGAAGAAGGACGGAAUGGGUCAUGGGCGGGCCAGAGCAGGGCACACUAGACCUCCGAGGAUCAGGCUGGUUCCUGGUCCCAGCAUCCCAUUGGAGCCUGGACAAAACCAAGGAAACACUUUGCUCCUGAAGUCCUACAAAAACAUAGAAGAACAGUACUCCACCUACAACGUCAUCCCAGGUAAGCAGGGCCAGUGUGUGUACCAGGGUCUGACCAUGUUCGACCAGGCCGUCUGGUCUCCAAAGCCGUGUGUGACCUGUCUGUGUACCGGAGGGCGGGUGGUUUGUGAUGAGGUCACCUGUCCCAUAACGCACUGCCACUUCCCCUUCACUCCUGUUGGGGAGUGCUGUCCCGUCUGCAUGGAGUCAGACCCCGACCUCAGCCUUGACUUCUCUGGUGAUUCCCCAGUUCCCAGUGACCCCAUCAAGCCUACGACCCCACUGACCCCCGAGGAUAUUCAGCGGAUCCUGUGGCGUGAGGAAGAGGAGCACCGUCAGGAAGAGGAGCGUCUGAGGAAGAAGGAUGACGCCAAGAAGAAGAAGAGGAAGCAGAGGAAGGAGCAGGCGGAGAAACAGCGCAGGAUAGUGGAGGAGAGGAGAAGGGAGGAACAGGAGGCACUGAGGCGGCAGGUAGAGAAAGAGGAGGAGGUGUGGAGGAGGCAGCAGGAGGAACAGGAGAGGAGGAGGCAGGAGGAGGUAAGGAGACAGGAGGAGGAGGACAGGAAGCGAAAAGAUUUUGAGAGAGAAGUGAGGGAAAAGGAAAGGAAGCAAGAGGAGGAAAGGAGGAGGCUGGAGGAGAGGCUGAGGGAAGAGCUACUUGGUCUAGCAGAAGAGGAGGAGGAGCAGGAGGAGGUUUGGCUAAGAGGAGACGUGUUUCAGAUGCUCCCAAAAGAACCUGAAGAACCAGAUCUCCCUGCUCCAAUUCCAAGACCUCCUGUUACAACAGAGGACGAGCUGGAGGAGGAGGAGGAGGAGGAGGAGGAGGAAGAAGGGGAGGAGAGGGUGGUGGUACAGAACAGGAGAAGCCUCCCUCCUGGCUGUGACAUCUCUGACGUCACGGUGACAUGUGAAAACGCCAAACUCACUUACUUCCCUGCUCUGUCCAUCCCUGAGCUCAAGUCUCUCAGUCUGGAGGGCAACAACAUCAGCAGCAUCCCAGCAGAAGCCUUCAACGGCAUCCCCAACCUGGAAUGGAUCAACCUCAAGAAAAACAAACUCACUUCUUCUGGCAUUGAUAGUAAAGCCUUCAAAGGUCUGAAGAUGCUGUCGCGUCUAUACCUGGAUGGGAAUCUUCUAGAAGACGUGCCCUCUAACCUCCCACCCACACUACAGGAACUGAAGAUCAGUGAGAACAACAUGAGAAGGAUACACAAAACAAGCUUCCAAGGUCUGAGCAGCCUUGUGAUUCUGGAGUUGGAGGGAAAUUUGCUGAGUGAGGGAUAUGUAGAUCCUCUGGCCUUCAGGCCCCUCAUCGAGCUCUCCUACCUCAGACUGGGUAGAAACCACUUCCGCACCAUACCACAGGGCCUUCCCAGUUCACUGCUGGAACUGCACUUGGAGAACAAUUUGAUUGAGGAAAUCUCAGAGACAGUUUUCAAUCAGACACUGAGUCUGAACGUGGUUUCUCUUAGGCACAACAGGCUGGACGAAACCAGGAUUGCUCCUUUGGCCUGGAUCAACCACAGAAAUCUGGAGUCCAUUGACCUUUCACAUAAUGACCUUUACCUGGUUCCGUCUUACCUACCCAAAUCUCUGGUCCACCUAGUGCUGGUGGGAAAUAAGAUAGAGAGGAUACCUGGUUACGUCUUCGCCCACAUGGAUCCUGGUAUAGAGUACCUCUACCUCUCCUACAACAAACUGGAUGGUGAGGGAAUUGAACCAGAGUCGUUCUUCGGCUCGUACAACUCUAUGGUGGAAAUGUGUCUGGAUCACAACCAGCUGGUUUCUGUGCCCUCUGGCAUCAACGAGAUGACCAACUUACACUUCCUCAGACUAAACAAUAACAAUAUCAGGAGCAUCCCUGACGAAGGCAUCUGUGACGCAAACCACAGCGGAGACUCCACUCUGGUGGCCCUGAGGCUGGAGAACAACUACAUCGACCCUCAAAAGGUCUCACCGAGAGCCUUUUCCUGUGUACGCUCCUCUUCCAGUGUCGUCUUAAAACCUCAGAGAACCAAGUGACCGGAGUCCACACAAAUCCACAAAACCAAAAGACACACCUUUAACCCCCAUAAACAUAGAGAAAAAUACCAAGAUAAAUCUCUCCUGUAUCCAGUAUCUUCCUUUAAUGCAUCAUGUUGAAACUUAAAUAAUACCCACAAUGAUAAGGACAUUUGACAGAAGUGUGCAGGUUGAACAUGGGAAAAAAAGGAAUUUAACACAGUUACUGCUGAUGUUUUUGUCUUACGGGAAUGUACUCUCCUUUCAUAACCUUGGACUGAACCUGCAAGAGCUGCAUGCUAGAUUACUUUUCUUUUCUGGCUCUUAUUCAAUAUUUUAGGUCCUGCUAAGUUGUUUUGCUUUCACCUGGCCCACCUGUAACUUGUAUCAAGAUGACAGAACACCUUCAGACUUUUAAACAAAAGUCAUCUGUCUCAUAGAUAAAUGUUAAAAUGGAAAGAGCCCCUGCACCAUUCACAGUAAAAUAAAAAAACGCUAAUAAAGAAAUGGAAAGAAUUCUAUGAAGUGAGACCACAAGCCUGACACAUUACUUUUAAUAACCUCAGCACCUUCAUGUUCCAUUUCUCAGUUUCUUCCAAUGGCUUCUUUCAUAAGAACUCGGACAUGGAAAAGAAAUGCGGGAAGUGAGAUCACGUGUGACACAUCCUUCAAGCUCCUUGUGCUAAAGAUUAAGGGCCCGUUAAAGGAUUAAGUUAAAGCAAGCACUGCUGGAGAGUUCAUUCCUCUAAUAGAUGAAAGACAGAGAAGAUUUAACGAAACGUCUGCUCAUUUCCACCAUCUUUUACAUUCUUUAUGUCUUAACUCGGCAGAAACAAGAUGGUAACUUCCUCUUCUAAAGUUAAAACUGGAUUUACAUGUAUGCUUGAGGCAAAGUGUUAAUGGGAGUACAGUUCAGUUUUGUUUUACAGAUCAGUGUUGGAUUUCACUAAUUGUUGGCGCCAUUGGCCCCACAAUACUUCACAGAUGUAUCAAAUGUGAUUGGGUUGUAUUGUGCUUUAAUUAUCUGCCCCACAGUAACGGUUUAUUUUUACUUGGUGAUAUACAGUGACAAUGGAGUUACAUUCAGGUAAUUUUCGACCUCACCUUUUCCCAUUACUGAACAGGAGACUUUUACCUGCAGCCACUGUGUUCAUGUUGUUUCAUUCACUGCUGAGCAGGGAUCACAGUGAGCAGAGGGUUUGCAUUGGAGAUGUCUUUGCUAGAUGUUCUUGAACAGGAAAAGAUAUCUGAGCCUCAUUGUCUCUAUUAUCAACAAUCUCAGUCAGAAACUUGUAGGAAAAAAACACAAGUAGCCAAUCACCACUCUUCUGCUCAACAGAUGUUAUCUCCAUCGCCACUGUAGCCCUUAAGAGUAGUUAUACUUUUGAGGAGGCGUACAUCAGCUCUGAGGUAGCCUAUAAUAUAAAUCAAGCUAAGUCCCUGCUAUAAUUUCAUGGGGAUGAAUAUGGCCAUGUGGACUAGGUGGUCUGAGGAAACACUCAAACAAAUGCCUUUGACAGUAAGGUCUCUCUAAAAACUAUCCUUGCAAAAUAGAGCUGAGAUGUGGAAUUAACCACUUUUUCCAGUUAUAUUUCCUCACUGUAAAUUCACAUUUCAGAGCUUUCUAUAAAUUGUCUCCUCAGUAUUCUUCAACACAGAAA